AGUAAAUGCGUCCUGUAAAGUAACAGCGAUUGACAUUGUCAGUGUUAAAAACUCUUCCCUUUGUAACGAAACGUAAAAUGGCGCUUGUCUGCUACUGGCUCUGGUUAGCCAGCGGCAGCGCAGAUACAGCCGCUCUUUCCAAUCAAUUACCAAAAAAUUCAUGCGAACCAGAUGGAUUAUCAAUGACAAUGCCAAUGGCAAUGCCUCCUACGGUUACGCUGCGAGCACCCAAAGCGAUACUCCAGUCACAUCGACAUUAGUAUUGACUGUUGACUAGAAGCAGAAAAUUGAGAAGUCCUAAGCCUGUGGCUGUAGUAAUACUAGUAUAGGCCAUAACUAUCUUGACAAUCGUACCUACCAGUACAGUACGUAGUAGUACUACUACUAGUACUACUACUACUACUAGUACCAAUUUAUUCAGCAGUGAGGCCUGAGGGCAUGAUGAUGAUGUGUGAAGAAGCUGACUACAGACACAUUCCCAUCAAGUGACCAGCAAAUGACAACCUUUGAGAUGCAGAGCAGUGUUCAGACUGGUCAGUCCAUGGCAGCACCUGCCACAGUGACUGCUGGUCAAACACAGUACAUAAUCAGUGGUUCAGGGAAUCAGCAGCUGCUAGGUGGUCAGCAGAUUUCACUGCAGGGCCUGUCGCAGGGUCAGAUUAUCCAACUGCCCAAUGGACAGCAAAUUCAGUUGAUACAUAGUGGACAGCAACUAUUGCAAGGUCAACAAGGACAACCACAGCAGAUAAUUAUACAGGCUCCACAGCAGCAGCAGCAGCAGCAGCAGCAGCAGCAGCAGCAACAGCAGCCAGCUCAGCCACAGCCACAGCCACAGCCACAGCAAGCACUGACCACCAAUGUGACUGGUCUGCCGCAGCAGCUUCUGCAGACGAGCGAUGGCACAAUCAUCUACCAGCCGAUACAGCAGGAGACUCCGGCAGCCGUCCAGCAGCAGCUACAGACGCAGACUGGAGGAGUUAUAACUAUACCAGCGACAAUUGCUGGAGGCGGCCAGCACAUAGUAUUCGCACCUUCUACGAUUGCUGCAACGACCAUGGCAACACAGCCGACUGUGGCAGGCGUCACGUCGAUGGCAAACACUCUUCCAGUCACCGUGUCAACAGCUGGAGGGAUGAAUAUUGCUGGCUCUGGCACAACAGCGGGUGCUCAAGUCAUCAUGAUGGUGCCUGGAGCAGGUGGUGUCCCAACUAUACAGCGGAUGGCACUGCCCGGCACCACAGAGCUGCUAGAAGAGGAACCAUUGUAUGUGAAUGCAAAACAGUAUCAUCGCAUUCUGAAGCGAAGACAGGCGCGACAGAAGCUAGAAGCGGAUGGCAGAAUUCCAAAGGAGCGCAGGAAGUACCUGCACGAGUCGAGACACAAGCAUGCGAUGAACAGGAUGAGAGGCGAGGGUGGACGAUUCCACACGGGAUCAGCCAGACGAGGCAUGAAGAAGGAGCACGUUGACGAUUCAGAGGAAGGUGUGGAGCCGCUGAACCUCAACGAAGUCUACUCGACGUGAAGUCGCGUUCAGUACACCAUUACGUAGGCGAGCAUUUCGUUCGGAGCGAGACCAGGUGAACCUAAUUUAUUAUCAAUUGUGAACGUAUUAGGAAUUGGUGUCACCAGGGGGCACUAUGUUGCUAUGACUGGGGCAAAUGUUUAUGCUGGAGAAACGAGCCCUCAUGUUGACAUCCAGCCAUCUACCAAGCUAUUUUCCCAUUUCUGUACAGGUUUAAAAGUAGGGGUAAUAGUAUAUGGUAUGGAUAGAUAUUAUAGAUGAGUGAGCUUACUUCUUCCAGUCCAGGUCUACUGUGUAAAUAUUUCUAUAAUUAUUGUGUCUGUAUCGUCUUCUGAAAGCAAAGGUGUUUCUUGGUGUAAAUCUUUCUAUAAAAAAUAUUUUGUCUAAAGACAAAUCGGUUUUCACUUGCGUCUUGCUUACCCCGACGUUUCUACCAUCGAGAUAUUUUCCGUGUCACCCAUUUCUGAGCCUAAGAUAACACGUGAGAAGUUGUAAUGAAGGCUUCUUCCUGCUGCCAUAAACACUUAUUUUCUCUUAUUACUGUUAAGCUUUAUACUAUUUGUAAAUGCUUUGUCGUUUUACAUUGAGACACGUCUCACCUGCUGCUUUCGCAUAAGUUUUGCCAUGCAUACAAGUUGUAUAUUACGUAUAUCUAUUGUACAGCUGCGUCAACUGACAGUUGCUUUAUUUUGAAAUAUUUUAUAUUUCAUUGCUUAUCUUUGUACGAGGUACAGUCAUUCCUUUGUAUGUUAGUGCGAGUCACAAUUACUGCUUUCAAGAUGUACCCUAACUGUUUGUACACAGGUCUGGUAUUAGACAGCGACUAUAUGAUAAAGGUGUUGUUGGGUGUCCGUGGUAGUGCUGUCAGUUACCGGUACCAUCCUGCACAGGGAAUCUUUGUUGAUACAUAAGAGUAUAUCGUACAUGCCGUAUCAGUUAAUAUUGUCAGUAUUCAUUAUAAACAGUAUCGCGUUUUAAAUUUAGCACUGGUCCUGCCAACAUGUCAUAAAAGUUUGCAAGGAGACACCAUCCUACCCUUGUGUAACUAUUGUAUUUGUGGAAUCAGUAAUGCAAGAUUUGUUCACUAACUACAUAAUAAACUUUAUUGCAUAUACGAUCGAGUAUCCAA